GAAGUCUUGACGAUGAGACUGCUAAUUGGGGCACACCAUAUGAGAACUCGGCUAGGAUAGGGAAAGAGGAAGCGGAUGAAGUUAAAGAGUCUCCCAGGGUCCAGUCAAAUGAUGAUGUAUAUUUUGAAGAGGAAGUCGAUCAUGAUUUUGCAUCACAUCCAUAUAGAGAAGAAGCUGGCAAUUUUACAUAUGAAAAAGAUAAAGAACAUAUGAUAUAUAAGAAGGCUUUGGAGUCGCUUUCCGAAAAUGACGAAGUUCGAAAAUGUAUUCGAAAUUUUGAGGUUAAGCUAUGUGCUAUUGCCAUAACGCAACUGGAUGGGUACGUCCUAACUGGUUGUCAGGCUAUGUGCUGUGUUAUGAAUGAAAAAGUUUCUGAGAGUGUCCUCCAUUUCUGGACAACGACUGAAAAAAAACGCUACAGAGAUCGAAUUAACAUCGCAAGGGCUAAUGGUGUCUUGCGCAUGCUCGAAGCCACAACCGCUAAUCAACAGCACGUUUUUAGUAUUCAGCAACAAGACCUCACUAAUUUAUACCAAUCCCGCGAUGAUGAUUUGACAAAUACAUCUAUGAUGUCAUUGUCAAAUAUUUUAAAUUACCCAGGAAAGCGCAAGUUUGAGGAAGAUAAUCAGCCCAAGACACCACCUAUGAGACCUCGUCAAGUAACUGUUAUGACCCCAGAAAAGCCUUCCCUUUACAAACAUACUAUGCAACAUUUGGCUAAACAUUUUUCAGUUUAUGUUAAUGAACAAUGUGUGAUCAUGAAAGUAGAUCAUGUUGAUAUAAUUUUGAGACAAGUCCGUUCUUGGCUUGUAGAUAUAUUAUCAUCAGAAAAAGAUGUGUUCGAAAGCGCUAUUACAGCCUCACUAAAUCAAACUCCAGUCCAUCUAUUUCAGCAAGUCUGCAAAGCAAUUUUAUAUGACUUUUUUUCCAUGACUGAUAAAGGCUCUUUGAAUCGUUUUAUCGGGAAAAGGAAGUAUAUUGUGGAUAGGAUAGUGCCUUUAUUCAAGGCGAUUCAAUCAGUACAUAGAGAGUAUUCAUUUGACUGGAUCGAAAUACAAGCGAGUUGCAUCAGAGAUAUAAAAGAAUUGUUUCCAGAAUUCGAUUUCACACUACAUAAAGUUGAUGGGAUUGGUUCUAAGGUUUCAAGCAAUAAAGAAAUCAUAUUUAUUGAAGUGUCUGGAGGACCGGAGAAUGCUGUUAUAAAACACGUCAAAGAGGAUACUGAAAAAUUCAUCAAGGAGGCUAUGUUUAGUUUGAUCUCUUUACUUAGAGGCUACUUAGAUAAAGGCGCGGAAAAAGCAAGAAAUAUAUGCGUAUAUAUGGUGCAAUGUAUAGGCGAUCGAAUUACGCUAAGUGAAGUUUGUCUCGAUAAGAAGCAUUUUUAUAAGAUUUCGCAGAUUAAGUCUGCUAUGCUACCAUUUUCUUUUGAUGAAGUUGAAAAAUUUAUGGAAGAUGGACUUAAAAAACAAACAAGAGAAUUAAAAAAAUUAAUGCUUGCCGAUCCUAUUAGUAAUGUACCCACAAUUCGGGAUUGGAUCUGGGUCCCAAAAAAUCUUUCAAUGUGGGAAGCUACAGAAAUUAUAUAUGAAGAUUUCAACUAUGGAAGUUUAAACUAUGAAGAUUAA